AUGGAGUACUUCGCAUAUGAUCCAGAAUUUCGACUUCUCUACUGUUGUACAUGCCAGACUAUGGUCACACAGAAACAAGUCAACGUGCAUUUUCGCAGCGAGCCGCAUAGUCUCAACAUUCAGGAGAUCAGGUUUGCGCAAGAGUGGGCAUCUAAGCAUGAAGUCUUUGAGGGUCAGCUAGAGGCUCACGUUAAUCUACCACCCAGGCCCAAUAAUGCACCGCCCAUUGUAGCUUUAGGUCCGCCAGGUACAGGAGGUAUUCGGUGUGAGUUUAUCUCAGAGCAAAGCACGUCGUCUCAUUCUAAUUGCCGAUACGUAGGCACAGAGUUGAGGCAGAUUCGAGAACAUCUUAGGGUCAAGCAUAAUUGGGACAUAGAACUCAAAGGUGGACGUCGCUCAGCUGCCAUGACAGAAGAAGAAAGGAGCAACAGCCCGUGGAGGACAGGAGUCCAUUAUCAACGAUUAUUCUUUAGUGGGCCGGGAAGCGAGCUAUUUGAGGUGGCAAGAGGACUGAAUCUUGAACAGUCAAGGGGUCAAGAUAACGAGUCACAAGCCGCACUCCAGAGGGCCAUUGAUGCAUUCCAGAGCAAGGGUAAAGAUAUUCGAAGUCAGGAAGCAGAGCGUAUUGAUGAGGAGAAUGACUUUACUGCGCCAAACCCGUGGCUUCGUCGGCUUGGUUCUGCUGUCCACUUAAAGGAUUUUAGUGGGAAAAAGGACUUUUUGAGGGGCUUGAUCGCUAUGGAAUACGAAGUGGAUCCGGAUGAUCCAGAUAAGUCAGACGAUGCUCAACUCUGGUUCAUACACAUCGCAUUCGAUCGCCUGGUUAACCAUGCCAAGGCUGUUAUCACACCUAGUAACUAA